AUGGAGCUGUCGGAAGUGCGCUGCUCUGGAGCCGACGCCCCCUCUGCAGGAGGCCACGCCCCCUCAGUAGUGAUGUCAGAGCCGGGGGGUGUGUCCAGACCCAAGCGGUUGCUAUGGCAGCACGCCGUGCGGCACAUCACGGAGCAGCGCUUCCUGCAGGAGAGCGAAGCAGCGCUGACCUCUGACCUCUGUGACCCCGAUGACCCCGGUGACCCCAUAAGGCCCGCCUCCCCCACCGCCGCACACACACGCGUCUUCCCACAGCGCUCCGGCAGUGGACACAGCGCUGACCUCAACCUGCUGCAGCUGGACGCACCGCAGGGGCGUGGCUUCUACCGUGGGCUCCUCCUCCCCUCGCUAGGCCCCGCCUUCCGGUCCCGCCCCCUGGAGCGACGCUACCAGCGCUACUUCCUGUUCCAGCGGCGGCAGGCGCUGACCGUGCUGAGCGCUCUGGACGCCGUCGCUAAGCUGGGGCUGCUGCUGUUGCCCCUGGCGACGGGGGACCCCCCCGCACCCCCCCACGCGUUGCUAGGCGCUGGAGCGGCGGCGGAGGUCAUGGUGUGUGUGCUGGUGGCUGCACACAGAGACCACGCCUCCUCACACGGUUCCCAUGGAUACCUGCGUUACGGGGCGGCGGUCACUUGGGUGGCCAUGGCGACGCAGGUGCUGGCGUGCAGCCUUGGUUACGGUCUCCUGGGAGACGGAGUGGGUUAUGUGCUCUUCACACUGUUCGCCACCUACAGCAUGUUGCCACUGCCUUUGCCAUGGGCCGUUGCCACGGGAACACUCACCUCUGCCCUUCACCUCACCCUGCAGGCUCUCAGCCAACCAGCUGAUCAGGUGAGGAUCAAUCAACUGCUAGCCCAGGCAGCUCUGUGUGUGUGUAUGAGCGUUGCAGGUGUGUUCAUCUCCUUCCUGUCGGAGCGCGCUCAGAGACACGCCUUCCUGGAGACGCGCCGCUGCAUCGAGGCUCGACUCCGCCUGGAGAGGGAGAACCAGAGACAGGAGCGUUUGGUUCUCUCUGUGCUUCCCCGUUUCGUGGUUCUGGAGAUGAUCAAUGACAUGGCCAGUGUGGAGGACGAGACCCUGCAGCACCAGUUUCACAAGAUCUACAUCCACCGCUAUGAGAACGUCAGCAUCUUGUUUGCUGAUGUGAAGGGCUUCACCAAUCUGUCCACCACGCUUACUGCCCAGGAGCUUGUGCGCAUGCUCAACGAGCUGUUUGCCCGCUUCGACCGACUAGCUCAUGAGCAUCACUGUUUGAGGAUUAAGAUUCUGGGCGACUGCUACUACUGCGUCUCAGGUCUCCCAGAGCCCCGGCCAGACCACGCCCACUGCUGUGUAGAGAUGGGACUGGGCAUGAUCAAGACCAUCAGGUAUGUGCGCUCCCGUACGCAGCAUGACGUGGACAUGCGUAUCGGCGUCCACUCGGGGGCAGUGCUGUGCGGCGUUCUGGGCUUGAGGAAGUGGCAGUUCGACGUCUGGUCCUGGGAUGUGGACAUCGCCAACAAGCUGGAGUCAGGAGGCAUACCGGGGAGGAUCCACAUCUCCAAGGCAACGCUUGACUGUUUGAAUGGCCAUUAUGAGGUGGAGGAGGGCCAUGGUGCCGAGAGAAAUGAGUUUCUACGGCGACACAACAUUCAGACCUUCCUGAUUCGUCAGCCCGAAGAAAGCUCCACCCCUAUUGGCUCAGAUGACUCACCACGGCAACUAACCCCGCCCCCAAACACACACAUCCAGACGGACACAGACAUGGAGCCUCAGCACACACACACACACAGCUGGAGUCCUGAACUGCCCUUCCACAGCAUCACGGGCAAACAGAAUUACUCUCAGAUGCGGGACGAGGUGUUUAAAUCAAACCUUGUGUGUGCCUUCAUCGUGCUCCUCUUCAUCACCGGGAUACAGGGGCUCCUACCGUCCACCAGGAUGGUAACCAUGGUAACCCAGUUCUCCUUGCUGAUCCUGGUGCACCUGCUGCUGGUUGUCAUGACGACGGCGGAGGACUACAAGUGUCUGUCUCUGGUGGUGCGGCGCGCGGGAGGAUGGAUCAAUGAGACCCAAGCGGCGCGCACCGCCCUCACCCUGCUGUCCAUCACCAUCAACUUCACUGCUGCCGUUAGCAACAUACUUUGGUGUGAGUUGGACUCCACUGGUCCAUGGAACCAGACCUACAACAUCUCCAACAGUUACCCAGACAUCUGCUUCAACCCGCAGUAUUUUGUGUUUACAGGGCUGCUCGCCAUGGUAACGUGUGCUGUGUUCCUGCGUCUCAACUCGCUGCUGAAACUGACCGUGCUGUUGGUCAUCAUGGGGUUCUACUCGCUCCUGACCGAGACCAUCUACACACCCCUCUUCAUACGCUACGAUACACUACACACACACACCAGGAGUUUUCUGGGCACCAAGGAAACAUCGCUGCUCCUGAUGGCCAUGUUUCUGCUGGCAGUCUUCUACCAUGGACAACAGCUGGAGUACACGGCGCGGCUGGACUUCCUGUGGCGUGUUCAGGCUCAGGAGGAGAUCGGCGAGAUGCGGGAGAUCCGUGAACACAACGAGAACCUGUUGCGCAACAUCCUCCCCUCACACGUCGCACGACACUUCCUGGAGAAGGACCGCGAUAACGAGGAGCUGUAUUCCCAGUCCUAUGAUGCAGUGGGAGUGAUGUUUGCCUCCAUUCCUGGCUUUGCUGAUUUCUACUCCCAGACGGAGAUGAACAACCAGGGAGUGGAGUGUCUGCGCCUCCUAAACGAGAUCAUCACCGACUUUGAUGAGUUGCUGGGGGAGGAGCGGUUUCAGGAUGUGGAAAAGAUCAAGACCAUCGGCAGCACUUACAUGGCCGUCUCAGGCCUGUCCCCAGAGAAACAGCAGUGUGAGGAUCGUUGGGGUCAUCUGUGUGCUUUGGCAGACUUUGCUUUAGCACUGAAAGAGAGCAUCCAGGAGAUCAACACACACUCCUUCAACAACUUCCAGCUGCGCAUCGGCAUGGCCCAUGGCUCUGUGGUUGCCGGGGUGAUCGGUGCCAAGAAGCCGCAGUACGAUAUCUGGGGCAAGACGGUGAACCUGGCGAGCCGCAUGGACAGCACGGGCGUGAGUGGGAGCGUGCAGCUGCCGCACGACACCUUCCUGAUCCUGAGUCAGCGCGGCUUCGCCUUCCAGCGGCGCGGCCCCGUGCACGUGCGCGGCAUCAGCGAGCAGGAGGGCCCCGUGUGCACGCACUUCCUGACGGGCCGCCAGCAGCCCUGCCGCCCCGGCCUGCAGCCGCGCCGCGCCACCGGUCAGUUCUCGCUGCCCGCCGUGGUGCUGGCCCUCGUGCAGUCGCUCAACCGCCAGAAGCACAAGCACAUCCUCACCGACAACAAUGCCACAGGCAUCAUGAAGGGCACCUACGCACACCGCAGGACCCUGCUGUCCCCCACGCCAGCUCCGCCUGACUCAAACCACACUGAGGACCCCAACAAGAAUGAGCUGGCCUAAAGAUCGCCAGAAUAAAAAAACAUCCACUCAAGAAUGAGCUGGCCUAAAGAUCGCCAGAAUAAAAAAAACAUCCACUCAAAAAUGAGCUGGCCUAAAGAUCGCCAGAAUAAAAAAACAUCCACCCUGGUUGGCUGAUCUUACACUACCCUUGGCAAGAGUCUCAAUAAAAGACUGCAGAGUUUGGAUAGUACUGAGGUUGUUUUAGCAAGAGACUGUCUCAAUAAAAGACUGCAGAGUUUGGUACCGUGGUUGCUAUAGACACCACCACAUAACACAUGGGCACCCAGAAGGUAAAUGAACUGGGGGUCCUGCUAGGGGGCUGCCUGAAUGAACACAGUUUUCCUUUCCAAGUAAAAGCAAAAAUACACUAAAAAUAGACUGACAGUGUAGCUCUUGAGACGAUCUUAACAAAGAAGCUGAGGUCUUAGACUACCCGAGUAAAAAGCAUUUCUGAAGACUGUCUGAACAGACUGAGUGGUCUGUUUUGUCACAAUAGGGUUAGUGACACUAGACUGAAUAAGAUAGUUAUAGAGACUGGCCUCAAGAAUGCCUGAGUAAAAAGACUGAGUUGACCUAGAAAAUGCCUGAAUAAAAAACUACGGCUUACUGACAUUUUUCUUGCCAUCUUUCUUUUUGUAUUUCUUUUGUAUUUUGGUGAAAAAAAAUAAAUGAUUUAUUUUUUUUAUAAA